AUGCUACCACGACAAGCCGCGUCGCUAUCACGCGGAUACAAUGCAUCUUCUAGAGCCUCACUUCUCUGCAGAAGAUUGCCCCGAGCGACGCCCGCACAAUUCCGCGCUUCCUUUAGCAAUGGCAGUCCAGCCUCUGCUUCGAGACGCGCUGCCCUACAAACCUCACAAUUGAGCAAGCAAACCCCCACCACCACGGCGAUAAGAACCGCCUCCACAAAACCUCUAGAUGUUCCGCGAUCGCGUUUUGCUCGCUAUGCCUACAGAACAGCAGCAAUGCUUGGCUCUUUCGUCGCCGUUAGCGGUGUUCUGGUCAUCGCCUUCUUCGUCUACGACGCCUACACAUACAACGAAGACCCCAUCGCGACCGACAUUCCCGUCUCAGAACUCGCACUCAGCCCGAGGAGAGGAGGACCAAAGAACCUGCCAAUCGCCGACCACUUCGUAGACGACGAUGAAUGUCCUGAGAAUAAGAAGCUCAAGCACAAGCCAAAGUUGGUCAUAUUGGGUACGGGCUGGGGCAGCGUGGCCCUCCUGAAGCAAUUGAACCAGGAUGACUACCACGUUGUUGUUAUAUCACCGUCCAACACCUUCCUCUUCACACCUAUGCUGCCGUCUGCCACCGUAGGAACACUGGAGCUGCGAUCCCUUGUCGAACCAGUCCGAAAAAUUGUGCGAAGGGUGCGCGGGCAUUUCCUCAAGGCCAAGGCCGAAGACGUCGAGUUCUCCGAGAAGCUCAUCGAAUGCUCAGCUGUCGAUGCCCAUGGUCAGGAGCAAAGAUUCUACGUCCCUUACGAUAAGCUGGUUGUUGGCGUCGGAUCUGUCUCAAACUCCCACGGCGUCAAGGGUCUUGAGCACUGCCACUUCCUCAAGGAUAUCAGCGAUGCUAGACUCAUUCGCAACCAGGUCGUAAAGAAUCUUGAACACGCAUGCUUACCUACAACAUCUGACGAGGAGAGGCGAAGGCUCCUGUCGUUUGUGGUUUGUGGUGGUGGACCCACUGGAGUAGAAUUCGCAGCUGAGCUCUUCGACAUGCUCAACGAGGACCUCUGCAAGCUCUACCCAAGACUUCUUCGCAACGAAAUCUCCGUCCACGUCAUCCAAUCCCGCAGUCAUAUCCUGAACACCUACGAAGAGGCGCUGUCCCAGUACGCUGAGCAACGAUUCGCACACGACUCUGUUGAUAUUCUCACAAAUUCGCGCGUGAAGGAGGUCCAGUCAGACAAGAUCCUCUUCUCACAAAAGGAUGAAAAUGGCAAGGUGGUAGUUAAGGAGAUUCCAAUGGGCUUCUGUCUUUGGUCAACCGGUGUUGCACAGACAGACCUUUGCAAGCGUCUCGCUGCUAAACUUGACGGCCAGAACAACAAGCAUGCCCUCGAAACCGAUACACACCUUCGUCUAAACGGUUCACCCCUCGGCGAUGUAUACGCUAUUGGUGACUGCGCGACUGUCCAAAACAACGUCUCUGACCACAUCGUAAACUUCCUCCGCACCACCGCCUGGGAGAAGGGUAAGGACCCCGAGAAGCUGCAGAUUUCGUACUCAGACUGGCGCGGCAUUGCCAAGCGCGUCAAGCAGCGCUUCCCACAGGCAGCAAAUCACCUUCGCCGCCUGGACAAGCUAUUCGAACAGUAUGACAAGGACAAGUCUGGUACUCUAGACUUUGGCGAGCUUAGAGAGCUUCUCUUCCAGAUUGACUCGAAGCUCACAUCCCUACCCGCCACCGCUCAACGUGCCAACCAGCAGGGUGAAUACCUCGGCCGCAAGUUCAACAAGAUCGCUCAGGCAGCCCCUGGCAUGGCACUCAACAACGUUGACUACGGCGACCUAGACGAUGCAGUAUACAAGGCGUUCGAGUACAAGCAUCUUGGUAGCUUGGCCUACAUUGGCAAUGCAGCUAUCUUCGACUACAACGGCUAUGGCCUGAGCGGUGGUCUGUUGGCCGUCUACCUGUGGAGAGGUGUGUACUUUGCACAGAGUGUGAGCUUCAGGACGAGGUGUUUGCUUGCUAUGGACUGGACUAAGAGAGCACUUUUUGGACGAGACUUGAUGAACUUCUAA